AUGGAUGCCAUUUCUAAAAUGUUAAAAGAACAAACUCUUGACCAAUCUGAUACAACUGAAAUGGUUAGUACAAUACAUUUGGCUGAAAAACAAAUGACUGAUGAUAUCAAGGCAUUGGAGAUAUUAUUGUCUGAACAGAUUCAACCGAUGAUUGCCAAAGGUGAAGCUGUUAGAUGUCAAUUAGAGGAUAGAGGUUUACUAAAACCUCAAUCAGGAUUGGGACACUUUUCAACUAUUUGUCUCAACCCAGUCUGUCAAAACCUAGUUUGUCAUCAAGCAUGUUGUUCAUAUUCAUACCAUGUUCAUGCAAAAUGGAACAAAGGUGAUCCAAUCUGGAAAUCUGCAUUGGUUGUGAAAAAAGGAACUGAUGAAAUUAAAAAAGAUUUUGAUCAAUUAGAAAAGAAUUUAAAAGACCAUUUGAAAAUGUAUACUGCUAAAAGAGAAGAAUUCCGAUCCCUCCUUGGAUAUUGGAAAGGAAAUGGUCCUGUUUACAUGGACCAUUUUAUUGAAACCAAAAAAAGAGAAAUCCAAUCAAUGUCGGAUUUGAUCAAUCAAUCAAAUGAUGACAAGGUCACCAAAACCAAAAGAUUAGAAUCGCUCCAACAAGAAUUACAAACCAUUCUUUCAACACAAACCAAUUAUUACCUCGAUUUGACCAAUCAUACCAUUGAAAAGGUUACAGUUGGAUUCUCAAAAUUAUCAUCUAUCGACACUUGCUCAUUAUCAUAUGACACUCGUAUUCACCUUGAAUUUAUGCGAACUACUACUACUACUACUACUAUCGAUCUAUUGACAAAUAUCAUGCAUGAUUGUUAUACUCAAAAUAUUGCUAUUGAUGAUGAUAGUGAUAAAGAGAAGGAUGAAGGAAUGGAUUUGAAUUUCUACGUCCUUUGGUUUGGAACCAACUGGUUAAAUAGAAAGAGAGUCCAAAGUUUGGAAAUCAGUUAUUCUACUGUUAAUUAA